AUGAGCGGUGAUCAGCGGUUCCAGUUUCCCAACAAACCCGGCCAUCAUGGGGGUAAUGCGAUAGAGACAGUUCAAACCGAAACGGAGUAUCGCAUUAUAGAACCACCUUAUCGCGCGAAUUAUGACGGACUAUUCGCACUGAGUAUUUCGGCGACUCGGCGGAUGGAACCUAGAGAGCUGCACCAGGCUCUGCAGUUGUCAGAACUGCCUUUUUACCCAAGGCCCCCAAUCGACAAAAACAUCGGGACUAAGCUCUCCAUCUUCCAGGACGGAUUUUUGGAAGUCAAGGAGAGGGUCAACCCAAUCCAUCUGACGGACGGCAACUGCGAGACUCGCAAAUGCGGCACGCAGCAAAUUAUCGCGACUGCAACACUAAGACAAACGCAAGAAGAUCGCUUUGUUCACUGGGUGACUUCUGACAACGAUUAUCUCUGUCAUGUCAGAUACCACGACCUUCUGGAUCAUGAACAGCUCGCGGAGAUCUGCAUCAAGUACUUGCAGGACCUACAUACUCUGUGGUGCACCGAACUGAGACCCAUGGUUGAACUUUUGGACGUCAAGCGUGCUCGAAAGAUAAUGGAGGAUGCUCACGAGAAAUUUCCAUUGCUUCUUUAUGCCGUCGACUCGCUCUUCAUCCAUAUCUCAGCCGCUUUCCGACCCUUGAGGCUUCAGGCCGUUGAUUCUCGCGCCGAAGAUUUGUUCAAUCAGCUGGAUAAAAUAUUUGAAGUGUGGAAAUAUUAUUCUAGCCUCAAGGAGAGGUCUUUGGACCAUGAGCCUCGUGCUACCAAUGAAUCAUUGCUGGAUCAGCUUGUCGAGCACGACAUACUCCAAAUUGUGUCGAUUGCGAUGAAGAAUCUUGUUCAAGUUCGUGACUUCCCAGUUAAACAAGAUCUCGGCCGUGCUCUGCAUAUUGCAGUGAACAAGGACCACUUUGAAAUACUCGACUUGCUGCUCAAUUCCGUGGGUCCAGGAAAAUACUCUCAGCUCGUGUUCGAGACUCUACUCCCUUCAGCAGCCUUUAAAGGCAGUUUGCGGUCAGUUGAGUCACUGCUCCAAAAUCGCGCAGAUCACUCACACAAACGUGAGAUCAAAUGGAGUAAGAGAUUCAAUGGAUCUGCUCUGAUAGCGGCAAUCAAAUCACGGCAUCGAAGCGCCAUGCUGGUUCAAACUUUGUUGAACGCAGGGGCGGAUCCCAAUCGCAAGGGAGGUGGCCAUGAUGACCAGACUCCGCUACAAGCUGCCGUUGAGAUGGGCUAUAAUCCCAUCAUCGAAGCUCUCAAGGCAGCCGGUGCAAUGGUUCACGGCGACGAGUUGGCCUCCUUGAUAAGUCUAGCAGAGAAGUCGGGCCACACAAACACAUCCUUGCUGCUAAAUCGGAUAUAUAGACCACGCCAAUGA